AAUUGUCCUGUAACUUCCUUUUCCGUCAAUUGUCAAAAUGGGCAUUGACAUCUGCCAUAAAAAUAAGAGGAAGGUGGUUCGGAAGGAACCCAGAAGCCAAGAUAUUUAUCUUCGGCUCCUAGUUAAGUUGUACAGGUUUUUAGCCAGAAGAACUAAUGCCAAGUUCAACAAAAUCAUCCUGAAACGGCUCUUUAUGAGCAAAAACAACAGGCCACCACUAUCUAUUGCCAGAUUAGUUCGUUUGAUGAAGAAAUCUGGCAGAGACAACAAGACCGCUGUGGUUGUCGGAACCGUCACUGAUGACCUGAGACUUAUGGAAGUUCCCAAGCUCAAGCUAUGUGCUCUCAAUGUGACAGAGAGAGCCAGGGCUCGUAUCCUGAAGGCCGGGGGACAGAUCAUCACAUUCGAUCAGUUGGCCCUUAAGUCACCUAAAGGACAGAACACUGUUCUGAUGCAAGGACCCAGGAAGUCGCGUGAAGCCUACAGACACUUUGGCAGAGCCCCAGGUGUCCCACACAGUAGCACUGCGCCCUAUGUACGUUCAAAGGGAAGGAAGUUCGAAAAGGGAAGAGGAAGAAGAGCCAGCAGAGGUUUCAAGGUGUAAUAAAUCAGACUCCCACAAUAAAGUGUAUGACAGUCAAAA